AUGGACAAGGCCGAGCGGCUGAGAUUGCUCUUUGAGGAUGACAACUUGCUGCUGAGUUCAAACACUGGCCUACAUCAAGAGCCAGCGACCACUCCGGAGCAAUCGCCACCAGCAGAAGCAAAUUCCCCAGGCCAGGCUCAAAAUUCCUGUCCUUUUCAUGCAGACUCCUGCUCUGUCUCAGUGAAUGACAAUUGCACGGAACCAGUCGAAUCAAAACACCGCGUGCCUGAAAACAACUCGAACACGCGCGAAUCCCCGGUUGUUGAAACAGAAAUUGAGACUUCUGCAGCUUCUCUCGCCCAAUACUUCUGCCCCCUGCUGGCCAUCUCUCGACUGCCUUACAAAUACAUACAGGACGAACAGUCUGAUUCCAUUGCGAAGCGUUUCUUUGACCAGGGAAAGUUCUGGCAGAGACAUUGGGAUUUAUACUACAUAAUUCCCCCAGAAGACAUAUCUCCUCGCCCUCUUCUCCUGGUGCCUGCAGUACAAGUCCAGCGGCUUAUGAACGAGAUUAAUGACGCGUUUCACACUGAGUUGACUCUUCCAAUGGACCCCAACCUGGGAUUGUUUCUUCCGUUUCAGGAGGACGGCACCCCUCAACCCCAGUUUCUCGGACAGUGUGCCAGUAAGGAGACGAAGGAACAGUUGGAAGCGAGCAUUCCCAGACCUUUGAGCGAGCAUGGUGAUGAGAACGCUCCGGUUGCUGAUAGCUCAGAGGCGGGUGGCUCACUUGCUGCAUUUCGAGAGAAGAUUCAGGCAGGCGUGAACGCCGCCAGGAACAAAUCAAAGGAACAGGGACGGAAGAAGAGAAUCCAGAGAUAUCUCGAAUGGACACGUUCGCUGAAGAGAACCCAAUGUUAUCUUGGCCUGCGUCCUCGACGCCCGCAGGGUCUUCAACGUCCCGUGCUCAGUGAGAACGCAGCCCAAGAAGAAAUACAGAGAGCAGAACGUGAAUAUGGACUGGCCUGCGGUGCCAUCCUCCUCCCCCUUCAACUAAACGAACCUGCUCCUUUCCCAUUCGCAAGUGAGCCAAUAUUCAUCUGCGUCGAUAUCGAAUCGAACGAGCGUUGCCACGAACAGAUAACCGAGAUCGGUAUCUCCACUCUCGACACUCUCGAUCUUGUCGGCGUUGCACCCGGAGAAGGAGGGAAAAAUUGGAUAGAUUGGAUUCGAUCCCGUCAUUUUCGAAUCAAGGAGAGGGCGCAUAUCGUCAACAAGGAGUACGUCUCUGGGUGCCCGAAUAGCUUCGAGUUCGGCCAAAGCGAGUUUAUUUCGCUCAAGAGUGCGGCAAAAACGGUGGAUCAAUGCUUUCAGCCACCUUACUCAGCCCAUGUCCCGCCUCAGAUCAAAACAAGGAAACAAAAUGGGCAGGAAGCAAGUGUCACGCUUGACAACAUAAUUGGUGAACACAAGUUGCGUCCCCGAAACAUCGUCCUUGUUGGGCAUGACAUUGAUAACGACAUCGCGUACCUUCGCAAUUUGGGCUGUACUCUGUUUACCAAGGCAGCAACUCGCCCACAGAAAAGCCCGGCUGCAAAUACCGGAGGCGGGUUUCAUGCGAGUCAGCCGACUCUUUUAGAAGCACUGGAUACUGUGACUCUCUUCCAAGUGCUGAAGCGUGAUACAUGCCCUCGCUCCCUAGGAGUGGUUCUGGCUGAUCUUGGGCUUGUUGGUUGGAACCUUCAUAAUGCCGGAAACGAUGCUCGCUACACGCUCGAGGCAAUGAUACGGAUCGGGCUGACGUCGCGUCUUGUUCUGGACGGCGAUAAACAACAUUCAGUGACCGGAUCAAGCAACUGGGCAUUGGGAUCGCAAGCGUUCAAGGGCGGGAAGAGCAAUUUCGACAUUCAUGUCGACGCUGUUGCAACGGCGUACGACAGCGCCUGGAAGGCUGAAGUCGAGCGACGGGUUGCUCAGUCCGUUGCAGAAAGCGAGAUGCGGAUUCGCGAAGAGUGCAAGAUUUGGGAGAUCGCAACAGGUUGGGAGGGAGAUGAGGCCAACGACGAUGAUGUGGACGGGGUGACGCAAGAGGAAUUACACUCCGCACGAAAGGCAGGAAGCAAGGGUAAAUGA